ACAACUUACAUAUGUGGUUUUGCUAAAUGUAAUUACUUUUGUCAUUAAGUAACACUUUUAACAUAGACAUGUAUACUAUGUACGUAUGUGUAUCACAUACACACACGUAUGUUUUAACACAAAAAAAUAUUUUGUUCAACAUUUCCUGCUGUGAUUUUGAAUGUGAAUCCCUGACACCGGAAGUCUUAAUGCAAGAAACAGCGAUAACUUACUAUGUAAUCCUUAGCCAUGUUUCUAUCACGAGUUAACUAAUUAUUAAUGUUCUAACAGUAUGUGCUAAUUACUGCUGGGUAACAGUGUCUAUAGGUGGAGGUAGGCUUAAAGGCACACAGAAAAUUAUGAUUAGUUUUCACGUAUGAGCUAACUAACGUUAUCGCAGUCUGUUAGCUAACAGUAGCCUUUAGCCAUGCUUUUGCUUCGACAUUCAGUAUUGCAGUUGUUCUGUUGUUAGAGUCCAGCAGAUUCAUAGGAAGUUAGGAUGUCCAGUGAUCUUGCUGGCGUGUGGGAGGUGGCGCUGAGUGAUGGGGUCCACAGGAUAGAGUUUGAACAUGGCACGACCACUGGAAAGAGGGUCAUCUACGUUGAUGGAAAGGAGAUACUUAGACGGGACUGGAUGUUUAAACUCGUGGGGAAGGAGGCAUUCAAUGUGGGCAAGUCAGACACCAAAGCAACCAUCAAUAUCGAUGCAGUCAGUGGUUUUGCCUACGAGUACACCCUGGAGAUCAACGGGAAGAGCUUGAAGAAGUACAUGGAGAACAGAUCAAAGGUCACCAGCACCUGGGUACUCAACUUGGAUGGUACUGACUGCAGGGUGGUCCUGGAGAAAGACACUAUGGAUAUUUGGUGUAAUGGACAAAAGAUUGAAACUGCAGGGGAGUUCGUGGAUGAUGGAACAGAGACACAUUUCACACUUGGAGACCACAACUGCUGUGUUAAGGCUGUGAGCAGUGGGAAGAGACGAGAUGGGAUCAUUCACACGUUGCUUGUGGACGGCACAGAAAUAGCUGAAUGCACAGAGUGACUGUGUACGUGCGUUUACAUUUGUAUGGAAGCAGGAGGUCUGGUAUGUAUGUGUGAAUCUUAGUGUCUGUAAAACUGAGGGAGGGUGUGGACUUGAGGAAUGUCAUUUAAAGCUGUCGCAGUGAGGGACCAACUGACAUAAAUGUUCGCUCCUAUCCUUUGAAGGCCAUUCUGUGGAGGGUAUAUAUGCCAUAUUGGUAAAGGCUGCAGGCUGUGACUAAUACUGUGACAGUUAUAGAGAGGACCUACUGUCUGAGCAGUUGCAGAGGAGAAGUUGCAGCCGUAUUUUCAUCACAAAAAGGGAUUGACUCUCUCAAAAUGAAACCUCACUGAAGAACUUUUUUGAGUUGUAAAUUGAAACUUUAUAUUGAUAUAAAUACUAUAAACUUCAGUUAUAUUAUCAAUAGUGGAGGCCAGAUGUGCCAUACUUGUCUCAUUCAACCUGGCUCAGUUUGCUCUCCGGUGUUUAAUAUGAACAGCAGGUCCUCUGUUACACAUGCACUGCACCUGUUUUCAUUUUAGAGAACAGAUGCAUGUACUUCUGUAAUCCCCAGACUCAACCUGUUCUCUCUGCGCUUCAUGCUCGCUUUCUUGUUUUUUUCUUUUUAAUAUUGCGCAGUAGGAGAUUUAAAUACCAGGGUACAAGAUUAUUCCUUGAACGUAGCAUCAUUCCAGUGAGCAGUGCCCUGAAGUGAUUUUUGUUUAGUUCAAUGUUGAUGUAUUAAAUUGUCUUUGUUUGAUUAGUCCAGCUACGUGAUUUUAUAGUGAUAUGUAAUUAGCUUUAAGCAGACUGAUGCAGGUGUGUCAAAACAUCCUGGGGUUCAUUGUCUGCAUUGUCUUAUUGGCUGUAACAGUUUCACAGACAAUCAUUCAGAUGUCAUAUUAUUACUGGUAGAGACAUCACUUGCUGAUGCUUUGGGGUCUCCCUGUUGUCCUUAGAGGUGUGUGAAAUUCUGUCGUGCUGUCAAAUCAUUAGUAUAUUUUUCUUUGUGAAGGCCAGAUGUUUUAUAUAUUCAUGGUUACAUGUUAAGGAUUGAAAAUCUCUGCAGUGUAUCUUCAAUGUUUGUUUACAUUUAGCAAAAAGAGGCAUUCACUAUUUAUUGAUCACCGGUGAAAACAUUUUCCAUAGUUUUGUUGUUUUAAUCAAUAAUGAUGAUAAUAAUUAAAGCAUAAUUUGAUUUAAACUCCACUCAGUUGUCAAGGUCUCCAUGACAACUGAGUAAUCUUCAUCUGCUGAUGACUGUGAGAUGCAGCUCAAAUCUACAGUGAAAGCUAGUAAAUGGUCCUUGAGAUAAUAUUUUUCAAGCCAUUAUAUAACUUUCAUUCUCAACAGACUGAUUUCUAACAGUUGUGCUACCAAAUCAUUAAGAAUAUGAGACUUCAUUUUAUGUCUUUUAUAUGUCAUGUAUAAAAAGUGUUAUAUUUAUACACAUUUUCCAUUUUGUUUUACUGUUAUGGCACAUGUUCGUACAAAUAUAAAUUCUAUUUAAUUUCAUUAAAACUGUAUUGCUGA